AUGGCUCCUCAGGGCACCAAGCGCAGCCUGUCCGAGGAAUUCGAUGGCUCGGCGCGCCAGAAAAGUCCCAAACGACCUCGCAUCGAGCCUGAUGGCGCGAUGCGCAGCGCGCAAGGAUACGUUCCCAUCGAGACGCUUUUGAGAUUCUCCACCACCGGAGACAUGCUGAACACCACCCAGCACCAACCAUCCACCGCAGCAGAAGAAAUCCAGGAAGAUCGCCCGAGGACAGCAGCGGCCCAUACCGUCUUCCACAUCCGCGAGCUCUUGGAAAUGAUCCUGCUCCGCGACGAAUGCGACGUGGCCGAUGUGCUCUGUUUCCAACGAGCCGGCCGAUUCGCCCGCGACACCAUCAAUGGUUCGCGCAGAUUGCAGCGGAAAUUAUUCCUGGAGCCAGAUCUCAAACGCUCCAUGAAUGACUUGGUGAUUAACGAAACGGCGUUGAACUACCUCGACUGGGCCGUCAAGCACCAGCAGAACGAAUCGUUCUCGUGUACAGACCCGCCCAAAGCCCGUCGGGAGGAUUUGGGACAGUCCUGGGCGAAGAUGUACCUGACCCAACCCCCGCUCCCGAGGAUGAAGUUGUUGCGGUACAACAAUCCCAUGUCCUCUUUCAGGGUGAAAAUCCACAAGCAGAAAAUUUGGGAUAUCCUGAAUGGGAUGCAGCGGACUGUACCGAGGAAGGAGAGGAUCCUGAAGAGGAUGAAGCGUCUCCUGGGUACGACGAAGUGGAAUUCUGCACAUGAUGUAUUGGAUGAAGAUGAAGAGGAUGAGGCCGUGAGGUGGUUUUUGACGGAUGGGGCUGCUGAAGCUUUUGGAGUUUCGAAGUUUGAUGAUGAUGAUGAAGAUGUAUACGAGGAUGAUGUGAAUUUGGAGGAGGAAGAAGAGGAAGUUGAGGAGCUUGAAGAGGAUUUGGAUAAGGGUUCUGUCUCUGGGUUUCAGUAG